UUUUCCAGAAAGAACAGCAAAUACACUUAGACAAGAUGGAACACCUUGGGAACUGCGAGGAGUAAUCUCUGAGUCCUGGUUUUCUCAACCGUAAUACAGGGUUAGUGGAAACAACCUGUCAGAGAGAAGUAGCAUAAGAUAUCUGGAAAGUUUCUAGUGCAAGGCCUAGAACAAAGUGGCAGUUCAACAAUUCCCUCAAUCCCAUCCUUUUGAUCCCACCCAUUCCCCUCAGGCUGCUUUUUGGGGACUAUUUACUGUCAACAGCGUUUUAGAUAAUUGGCUGACCAGAGAGCUUCCUUUGUAUCAAGCCCUCAGGAGGGAUCUUAGAGGAAGGAAGGAAAGUGCUAGGGAGCAUACGGGGGUUUGCUCUCCAUUCAACGUUUCUCCCUAGCUCACACUUGAGGAAGGUGCCCUACUUCACAAAAGAAAGGCAGAUGACCAGAAGCAGCCCUGAAGGGCACCAGGGAUUUUCACUGAAGUGAAAAUGCCCCAUCCCACCCCUCCCCUCAACCCACCAUCUCCCAGUCGAGCCCUCACUCCAGGCGGGAUAAGUUCUCGAGAAAUCUGAGAGGGCGAAUCUCUCGUUGCCUUCGGUGUCCCUGACCACCCGGCGGUGCCAUGCCUCCCCUGCGAUUGAAUCGGGACUAGGGGCGUCAUGCGGGAGCUAGGAUAGGACAUCUGUGGUAAUGGGGAAACCGAGACUGCAGUGGAGCAGGAGGCGGAGACUAGAGCUCCCCGAAAAGGUCGCUAUUUGGGAGCGGGUGAGUGCUGAGCGAGAAGCAAAAAGAUAACCCGCCAAACCUCUAGGCCCAGAAUUCGGGAAGUAAUGCCGAGAGCCUACCCCCGAGCCUAAAGCUACCAGCAACGCGGCAGGACUUAAAAAAAAUAGGAGGGGGGACGUCCCGUAAAUGAGCCCCCCCUCCUCCGAGUCCCGCUCGGAACGGCCGAACAGCCAAUCGCGAUGCGGGGCGGGGCUGCGGAGCGCGGCCGCAGCCAGUAGUUGUGGAGAGGGCGGAGCCUGGAUCCCAGCGCGCGGCGGCGGGGUCGCCCCGGGCAGAGAUCGCGGAGGGGCUGAGGUAGCCGCCGAGUAGGGUGGCAUGGAGGACCCCGCGGCGCCCGGGGCCGGAAGCGCGUCCACCAAUGGCAACGGCAACGGCGGCGGCAAAGGGAAGCAGACGGCACCCAAGGGCCGGGAAGCGUUCAGAAGCCAGCGGCGGGAGUCGGAGGGCUCUGUGGACUGCCCCACUCUGGAAUUUGAGUAUGGAGAUGCAGAUGGGCACGCAGCAGAGUUGUCAGAAUUAUAUAGCUACACUGAAAACCUGGAAUUUACCACUAACAGGAGGUGCUUUGAAGAAGAUUUCAAGACUCAAGUGCAGGGCAAGGAGUGGCUGGAAUUGGAGGAAGAUGCUCAGAAGGCCUAUGUGAUGGGACUCCUAGACCGACUGGAGGUGGUCAGUAGGGAGCGGCGACUGAAGGUGGCCCGGGCUGUUCUCUACCUGGCCCAAGGCACUUUUGGGGAAUGUGAUUCAGAGGUCGAUGUGCUACACUGGUCCAGGUACAACUGCUUCCUGCUCUAUCAGAUGGGGACCUUCUCGGCCUUCCUGGAGCUACUCCACAUGGAAAUCGACAACAGCCAGGCCUGUAGCAGUGCUCUUCGGAAACCAGCCAUCUCCAUUGCUGAUAGCACAGAGCUCAGGGUGCUGCUGAGUGUCAUGUACCUAUUGGUGGAAAAUAUCCGCCUGGAGCGAGAGACAGACUCCUGCCGGUGGAGGACAGCACGAGAGACCUUCCGCACUGAAUUGAGCUUCUCCAUGCAUAAUGAGGAGCCUUUUGCCCUUCUGCUUUUCUCCAUGGUUACCAAGUUCUGCAGCGGCCUGGCUCCCCACUUCCCCAUAAAGAAGGUCCUGCUUUUGCUCUGGAAGGUAGUCAUGUUUACCCUCGGUGGAUUUGAGCAUCUACAGGUUCUCAAAGUACAGAAGCGGGCAGAACUGGGGCUGCCUCCACUGGCUGAAGAUAGCAUCCAGGUGGUGAAGAGCAUGCGUGCCGCCUCCCCGCCCUCUUAUACCCUCGACCUGGGGGAGUCUCAACUGGCACCACCACCCUCUAAGCUGCGAGGCCGUCGUGGUUCUCGAAGGCAACUCCUCACUAAGCAAGAUAGCCUGGACAUCUACAAUGAAAGAGAUCUCUUUAAGACUGAGGAACCAGCCACAGAGGAGGAAGAGGAGUCUGCUGGUGAUGGAGAACGAACCUUAGAUGGAGAGUUAGACCUGCUAGAGCAAGACCCCCUGGUGCCACCUCCACCUUCACAGGCACCCCUUUCUGCUGAGCGGGUGGCCUUUCCCAAGGGCCUACCUUGGGCCCCAAAGGUCAGACAGAAGGACAUUGAGCACUUCUUGGAGAUGAGCAGGAACAAAUUCAUCGGAUUCACUCUGGGGCAGGACACAGACACCUUGGUUGGAUUACCCAGGCCCAUCCAUGAGAGUGUGAAGACUUUAAAGCAGCACAAGUACAUCUCCAUUGCAGAUAUUCAGAUCAAGAAUGAGGAGGACCUGGAGAAGUGCCCCAUGUCUUUGGGGGAAGAGGUGGUACCAGAGACACCAUGUGAAAUCCUCUACCAAGGCAUGCUCUACAGCCUCCCCCAGUACAUGAUUGCUCUGCUUAAGAUUCUACUGGCUGCAGCCCCCACCUCCAAGGCUAAGACAGACUCUAUCAAUAUCCUGGCUGAUGUCCUGCCUGAGGAGAUGCCCAUCACUGUUCUUCAGAGCAUGAAGUUGGGAAUCGAUGUGAACAGGCACAAGGAGAUCAUCGUAAAGAGUAUCUCUGCUCUGCUCCUGCUACUCCUCAAACACUUCAAACUGAACCAUAUCUACCAGUUUGAAUAUGUAUCACAACAUUUGGUAUUUGCCAACUGCAUUCCUUUGAUCCUGAAGUUCUUCAAUCAAAAUAUCUUGUCCUACAUCACUGCCAAAAACAGCAUCUCAGUCCUGGAUUACCCUUGCUGUACCAUCCAGGAUUUGCCGGAGCUUACUACAGAGAGUCUGGAAGCUGGAGACAACAACCAGUUCUGCUGGAGGAACCUCUUUUCCUGCAUCAACCUUCUGAGGCUGCUCAAUAAACUGACCAAAUGGAAGCAUUCCAGAACCAUGAUGCUGGUGGUAUUCAAAUCAGCUCCAAUCUUAAAGCGGGCCCUCAAGGUCAAACAGGCCAUGCUGCAACUUUAUGUUCUGAAGCUGCUAAAAAUACAGACCAAGUACUUGGGGCGCCAGUGGAGAAAAAGCAACAUGAAAACCAUGUCAGCCAUCUACCAGAAAGUACGCCACCGCAUGAAUGAUGACUGGGCUUAUGGGAAUGACAUCGAUGCCAGGCCAUGGGACUUCCAAGCAGAAGAAUGCACUUUGAGGGCCAACAUUGAGGCUUUUAACAGCCGCCGGUAUGACAAACCCCAGGACUCUGAAUUUUCACCUGUGGAUAACUGCUUGCAGAGUGUGCUGGGGCAGAGGUUGGAUCUGCCUGAGGAUUUCCACUAUUCAUAUGAGCUCUGGCUGGAGAGAGAGGUGUUUUCACAGCCCAUCUGUUGGGAGGAGCUGCUCCAGAAUCACUGACUGAGCUCUUAAAAAGCAUAUGAUAGAUGGGGGUUGGCUCCAAUAAAUGGUGCUCUGCCUA